AUGGCAGACCCAAACAGCCACACGAGCGACAUUCAUUACUACGACAACAACGGUAGCACAGGCGAAUGGGACAUCAACAACAACAACCAGUCUUCCACGUCAGCGCUGUACCCUCUUAUCCCUCCCUUACCACUACCUCUCUCCAGCAAGUAUUCCUAUACCUUCCAGCCCUCCGCACCCCCAUCGGCACCACCCUCGACAUCGUCUCCUUGGGCCUCUGCUCCUGUCUAUCCCUCCACCGACUCACACAGUUACUCGCCAACAACAUACACACCAUCCUAUCCAGUCGACUACACAACCAACCACCAAGCCGAAGAUUACACGGCUUAUGACUCGGCGACAAAUCCUUGGCACGCACCCUCACACAGUCCCACCAAAGAGGACCUCCAGCCAGAGCUGCCCCUAUACCCUGAACCUUCUGCACCGCCCAUCUACCCGGUCCUUCCUAUUGAAUCAAAUUACCACAACUUUCAUCACCAAGACCAGCAUCAAGGACGCCAAUAUCCACACAGUGCCUGGGAUGGGCAAAAUGCCGAUCACGACCAGACACCGAGUUAUCCUCGACUGGACUCUACCUUCUUCAUUCAACACCCCAGUUCCAAGGUCUCAGCACAGCGACUUCGAGAGCUCUACAGUAACAGGUUCUUACAGGACCUUCCUCGACGAUUGUCGGAUUAUGAGAGGUCCUCGGUGACGCACUCAGUCGAUGACAGCAACAACGACGCGUUCUUCCACUAUCUGAAAUCAUAUGAGGUUGCAUACGAGGCCGUCCAGCAAUCCCACCUCGCCAUCUUCAACCUCCAACAAAAGGCCAAGGGGUAUGCGAGCAAGCUAUGGGCGGUCCAGACGAAAACAGAGAUUGCCAAGGCCAUUUGUGGAGACGGCGCGACGAUCGCCCACAACUACAGCUACCAAGUCGGACAGCAUGAGCCCAAGGUUGCCGAGAAGCUGAAAAAGUCGUUGUCCCGACUUCAUAAGCAGAGGACAAAGAGCCUGUUGCGGAUGCAGUUCGAGGAGUCGUCUAGUCGACUUUGGAUCCAGGACCAUAUUGCCGAGUUCCUGAAUAGUGUCCAUUGGAAAUCUGACAGCGAGGCAGGAUUGCUGAGAGCAAGGAACUAUCUUGACAUUCUGUUCCAUUUCGAGCGGUCAGUUCGGAGGCAACCCGACUUUGACACGGCGGCAGAGGAGCGGCAAGCUAGUGCCGCAGGAUCAGACGCGUCGGUAUCUUCUCCAGACGAGGCGGUCAUGGGGGCAGACCAGUCAGUUUCGUCCGCGGCUACAAACUCUAUUCUGCGCUCGAUUCACAGUUGGACCGAUCUUUUGGCGGGGGCUGUCCUGGCCUUUGGAGGUUUCAAGGAGCGUGAGCACUUGAUCGUUCAGGUUCUCCGGUCACGGCAGGUGGCUAACUGGGCCACCAACUAUGUCCAAUGCAACCCACCAACAAUAUGGUCUCAGGACUUUGAAGAGUUUUACCUGACACAGUUGCAACUGGUCCUCUGCGGAUCUGCUUCGCUCGAUCACGAGGCAACCAAGGAGUCCCUCUCGAACAUGUCUCUUGAUAUCGGAUCGACGCUGGAUGAGGAUGACUGUUCGGCACUUCUGGAUCAAAUGGACGUCGCCGUCUUCUUCAACCGUAUGCUGGAUGAGCACAGCGGGAUGCACAACAAUGACGGCACAUUGUACCAGAAGGAUCUAUCAGAGCGGGAAGCGCUGCAAGCCUUGACGACGACGCGCCGCAUAUUUGACAUCCUCCUCCGCGGACUGGAGAAGCGCAUUGGGUUAACUGUAGUCCCAAAGCGGUUGUCUCAAACACUGUGCCAGCUCGCCCAGAUCCUUGGCGAUCAUCUACUCGUACUUGGGCCGAUCAAAUCCAAGGCGCUUUCAGACGAGACUUUUUCGAUAACAAUUGAUAGGUACAGUCCUCAGCCAAGUGAUACCAACUUAUACAACCAUACAACAACAACGCUGCAGUUGGAGGUGGAUCACAUCUUGACGGAUGUUACAAAGGCGCUCCUGGCUCUUCCUAAUCUCGGACUCUGGACGUUUCUACCCUCAGUCCCCUUCAAGUUCAUGUCCGAUGCGACAGUCGCGCUGAUGUUGGAGGAAGUCGCUCUGGACAACAUUCAGGAGUGGAUCGCACAUCCCUCGGGGCUAUUGUCGAUCGCCUCCGAAUCCAACAAAUUGCGGUACAGCCUUGGUUGUAAUCCUGGGGAAGCAGUGUUUCUGUUGACCGCAAUAGCAGCGUUAGCGACGAGUCGAUCCCAGGUUGGAUUGGCACAGGUUCAGGAUGGACUAGGGCCAACCGUUCAUGAUAGCAUUGCGUCAAUUGUCGCUUUUUUGCUGUUGGACGUUGGCUUUCUGGACAGGGACAUCCGCGGCGAGCUCGCAAAGCCGGUGCGCGAGAUUCUGAGAUCAAUCUGCGAUUCUCACGCGGCGGUGAUAUCGUUUGUCUUGCGCUUCGUGGCAGUACAUUUUGGGGAGAUGGGCGACAUGGCUCAGUACUUGUUCAGGGAACUCUCCUUUGACGAAUGGCAAAUGUCCAACAGUGACUUUGCGACUCUUCAAAAGUUCCUCGAGACUCCGCCUCUAAGCAGCCAACAGUCGCUCUUUGCGCGAGACAUGGAUGACAACAAUGGUCAGUAUCGCAUGGCUGUACCCGAACACUUCAGGAAGGAGCUGGCGUUAACAUUGACCGACAUUUGCAUCCAACAAAUCACCAAUAUCACCGCCGAAGCUGAGAAUGCCGCAGUCAAGGAGGACACCAAAAUCACCAAAGACGACCGACCCAACAGUCCUGCACGAGUCAAAUCGACUGAGCACACAUUCGUGGGGUCGCUUGCGUCAAACUUGCCUCAUGCGAUCACCCACCUGGCGGCUCACUCUGGACUGCACCACACAGCGGAGCAGACAGCCACCAAAGCAUUCAUGGAUUGGUGUUGGAUCAUCCUCGUCAAACUGGAGCUCACGGAUGUGCGGACCCUCAGCCUCCUUGAAGCAUCUCGACUUCAUGUGCAGGAUCCUGGAUUGGCGAAAUUUGCGUUGUUUAGCCAGGGCCAACUGACCUUUGUCAAGGCUGUCCAUUUGCUGCUGACGGAAGCGAGCCGAGAUGUCGACCAGUUUCUGCAGGAAGGCUGGACAACACUGACGGCGGUACUGCAUGCUGGAGUUGGGUCGGUGUUUCUGGAUCUGGUUGGCAAACUUGUACCACCCAUCAUUUUCUCCGGUUUAGACUUGAAGCCUCAUGCUGCCAAGUUUGGCCAGCUCCUGCGUGAUGUUGGAGGAUGGAAACAGGACCCCAUGCUCGCCCGUUCCGCUGCAUUACAACAAUCGAACAAGGGCUGGACGGCUCCACAUAAUGUGGCCAAGGAGUUGAGGGGACUCUGGUCACUCUUGCGAGCCCAUCUGGAGCAGGGACGUGUGCGAGGCGAUGGAGGAACGAUUUCUGUGAUUCAGUUUUGGAUGACAGCAAUCUUUUCACAGAAGGAAUGGAUGCUUCAUCAGGAAUGUGUGCAGGUACUGGACGUUGUGUGUCAUGUCGCAUUCGAGCACGGACUCCACACGCUCGUCAAGGACGCACUCUUGGAGCAGCAAAUUCUACUGUCGAUCGGAUAUCGUCGAGCACCAGGAGUUUCGGCCGAACUGAUGGGUCUUGCGCAACCAGGACUGGACAAGGUCAUGGAUAUGUUGCCGGAGAGGUUUGUCAAGGCGCUGCCGCUUUCUGUACCACAAGGGUCGAGCGACCCUAGUUUACUGAUGGGAACAUGGUCCGUCAAGGCGUUUGCGACCAACCUGUUUACUCAGCAGGCGAUGGUGGAGUCGACAUCUGUCUGGUUUGCCUACUAUGCACUCUCGGUUGAGACUGGACUGGAGCGGGACAUGCGGAUCAAAGUCGGCAACUACUACCGCCAACACCCAGCCGAGGUCAAGGUCCACGGAAACAUCAAGACGGUCGUCAAGACGCUGGGGAUUACGUCGCGCAAGACUCUACAGAACUUUGCGAUCUGGCGCUGGACCCAACACCUGCUCGCCCUUCCGGUGGAUACUUUUCUGCUUCCUCUGUUCUGGCAAAUGUUCUUCUCCCUCUACUUUGGACAUGCUGAGCACCCGACAACCUUUUAUGGCUGCAAAUUCUUGGAGACCAGCCCAGAGAUCGUGGAGCAGCUAAAGGAACGACUCCAGACGACCUAUACUCAUUUUGGACAGGAGGCGCGCAAGGCAGUUCAGGUGCAGGAUCUUAAGAGAGCGGGGCCUUUGACGACGCUGCACGAGAUGUAUAUUGCUCUUUACGGGUGGAUCAGCGAACCAUUACUUUUGACACCUGAAAUCGAUCUUCGGAGGAUCCGCAAGGACUUGAUGCCUGAGCUUCUUACCACCUGCCGUUUGCCUGAUCCGCUGGAGAGCAACUCGGACCUCUGGAAGAGCUUUCUUUUGACUGAGCAGGAUGAGGCCAAGUCCACCUUCUCGGAGACAUGCCCUGGUCGAUCAACGUCGUCGUUUCAAGAAAUCAGCAGCCCGCCUCGAUCCAGGAACGCGGACACAGGUCGAUCUCGCGCGGUUCGGAAGCAUAGUCAUGCCUGGCAGGAACAAAAGAUCGUCAACUGUAUCGCCAAGCAGUCGAGGGCUGGUCCAGAGUUCUUUGUCCCGCGUGUAUUGGCACCAGCCGCGGUCAUCGGCGCGCAGUCAACGCCUCAGCACCUCUUCAGCCAAACAGUCCGAUCUGUGCGAGACUAUUACAGGAACUACGAGACAACGAACGAGGCGUACACGAAUCUCGAUGUUGUCUACCUGUCUGAACUGGGAGCUCUCUACCACAAUGAAGUCAGGGCUAAAAGGAUCGAUAUAGCCUGCGACACCACUCCCAACACUCAUUGUGUCCGCGCGGCUGUAAUAGAGCUCAAGUACGAGGAGAUUAUCGUCAAUGACAAGGUCAAGAACUCGAUCGUUGAGAACCGUCAGCGGGCGCGGGAGCUUCGGCUAGGAAGCGUUGAACAAGGACUAUGUCUAGCGGCCCUGGAGAUAUCAAAGACCAUCAGCACUCUUCUGGACCGUUUGGAGCUCGACCCAAGCAACACCAACCUUCAGGAACUGUCCGUCCGGUCCUUUUACUAUCUCUGCAACGAGCUCUUGGGAGACGCGUCGACCUAUCCUCCAGCAUUCGUUCUUCUCACCUCGAUCGUCGAGACUCUCGGGAUGGAAGUGGUGGCAAAGGAUCCCAGUCAGACAGAGCCGAUUCUGGACCUGAUGAAGACGGAUGACUUUACGAUCUCGCUACUCUUCAAGACGUUUUACCCCGCAGCCAUACCGUCAGACUUUGUGAGGCUUUAUAAUCGGAUCGCCGCCUGCAAGGAAUAUGGGCUCGUAUCAAAGGACCGAUUGCUGAGGCAGUUUGACGUCCAAGCUUGGGCUGUUGAGCCGAUUACCAAUGCUCCUGGUGGCGAUUCAGAUCAACAAAGCAAGAUCAGUGGACCUUCGGUGCUGGACAGAUUGGCGUUCUACGAGGUUGCCUUUACUGCGAUGGUGGCACAGCAGCAGCUUCAGAAGCAGGACGAUCGGAUCCAAGAAGCAACUGAGCUCAGCACCCGCGAUCGACUGGCUAUCAUCAAGUCGCACCGGGAACUUGCAGGAACGUUAUUCUUGAACUUUCUGCAGCAGGACUAUGUCGAGUAUCUCCGAAUCCUUUUCGACACUUGCGGAAUCAUGUGUUUGGAGCCUGAGGUUCUGGAGGAUUUCAUCCGCAUCUUGGGAGUCGAGCCAACGUUGAUUCCGGCCCUGUUGGACGGCGCUGACGCCUCAGACGAGCGUCUUGGGACUGGAGGGAAGGCCUUGACGCGAGUUGGACUGUCCGACUACGAUUUGGGUCGUCUUGUCCAGUUCUUGGCAGAUUACUUCGUGGAGUGCCAGGAGAAGCUGGCUCGGGGAAACCUGUUGGAUCGGUACAGCGGAUAUGCCGUCUCGAUUGCCUCGCUCUUGACCGCCGUUUUGUGCGACGAGCGAUAUUUCACAAAGUGGAUCAAGUCAUUCCCCGAGAGCAUUGGAUACUCGACCUCUGUCUAUGGCCACUCACCCCCAACAGACACCGGCGAUUCAGGAGGAUACCGACAGGCGGGAACCCUUGUCAGUCCAACACAAUGCCGCAUGUGGCACGAUACGCUGAUGGUCUUUCAACCGUGGCUGUCUUGUUUGACCGAUCGUGCAGUGGAUGAGAUUCGGUUCCAGCGCCAGCAGGGCGGAGCGAGUCGUCUGCUUUUCACCUUUGUCGGAAUUGUGUCCAAAAUGAUAACCGCGCUUCAAGCCCACUUUGGCGAUGCGAGUCUUAUGCUGCAGGAGCUGUUUGAUUUUUGGCUGGAGUUGAUGGAUCAGAGUACUCUGGGUCAGGGAUCGAUCAACCAGAUCAUGCUGCUUCACCAACACUUUCACCGACUGGACUGGACUGGACUCGAGCUAUCCAAGGAGCGGGUUGAGAGGAUCUUGGAGGUCAAAACCAAGCUGAGCGUCGAGAUUCGUGUCGACUUUUGGACUUAUUUGGUGACGGUGCUCAUGGAGAACGCUGACUCGGACUUGCGACCCCGCCACCUGAAGCGUCUGGAGGCCAAAGGCACUGCUGAGUGGCACCAGACAGAGGCGGCGUUUCUAAAACUCGGCACCGCGAUCUUACAGGACGCGGAUCUCAUUUGUGGGGAAGACCUGGACGUUCGUCAGCAGCUUUUGAACCGGAUCUGGUCUACUAUGUUGGAUGCUGGAGAUUGGGCGCUACUGUCAACGGAGGAACUCGGGAGUCAGGUCGAAGGGCUCAAGGUUCAGUGGGAUCGUGCUGGCAUGUGGGAUGACCUGAACAGUCCAUUGGGACUGUUGCUCUACUGGAUGAGGAUUGCUGUCGGACUGGAGAGCACGGAUCUGACGGAGCUGGAUCAGAACGACAACAUGGUCUAUGGCAUGGAAGGCAGACGAUUGAGCGUUGAACGAGUGUUGAUUUACUUUGGUUACACGACUCGACUGCUGCAGGUCCGACUCGCAUCGUCCGCGGAGGAUUCCCAGAACGUCAACUUUCGCGCGGACGCUAUACCCCAUGUGGUCGUUCAUCUUGGUCAAGUCCUUGACAGGAUCGCAGGAAGUCGGCACCAGGUCAGGCACCCCGACAUUCAUCGGUCAUUGUUGACACUGGUCAGUUUCUUGAAUCAGUGUGGACCAGGACCAGCUGCACAACCGACAUCUUCGCCUUCAUCCCUGUCCUCGCCCGUGUACGACAUGGUUCUUCAAGGACUGAAGCGCAUGAUUUCGGAUGUAGAGGUCAUCCAGCUGGAUGUCAUCAGGGUGAUAUGUCAGCGUAUUAACUCGAUCCCGGUAAUGGUCAACCUCUUGGAGGAGGCGAUUGAGCGCGAGUUUGACCUGUGGGCAGGGGAGCAGGGCAGUCGAUUUGACCGAAUACAGUCAGCAAGCGCGAUGAGUAUGUCUGGAUCCGUCUUUGGACUUGAAGACACGCCUCUACAACAAACGAUAUCCCCGAUGCCUUGGAUUGGUCACACCCGGUCAAACACGUCACACACACCGGAGCAUCACAGGACAAACAGCGGUGACGGACGAAAUUCUUGGAGCAAGGUCAAGGCGCAGAUCGAGGCACCGGAACUGACAGAGGACGAGUUCUUGGACCAGGCGUUCAAGCAAGGCGCGAUUCUCACGAUCUAUGGUCGAUUCUUGCAGUUACUGGAGGAGUGUGAGCAGAGUCAGGAAUUUGAUGAGGUCUUGGAGUUGGGGCAGGAGCUGGCUGAGGUCAUUUCGAAGGUGAACUUGCAGGCGAUUGAGCCCUGGAAGGCAUACCAGAGUCUCUUGCUGCUGAGGAUGUUCCUCACCUUGGUUGCCAAAGAGUCCGUCCACAGUGUUUUGCAGAGUAGAUUUUUGAGCUCUGUGAUGCACGUAUGCCGGACAUUGGAGUUGUGGUUCCAGGAUCGGGAUUCGACCAAGGGAAUGCUCAGUUCUAUCGGGAUGGGCACACGGUCCACGUUGGAUGCCAAGUUCCGAAUGGUGGUUAGGAUUAUUUACACCUACUUGGUGGUCCGACUCGCAGACAAGGGGCUCUCAAUUCAUCAUGGAACAGAUACUGGUCAUGCUGGAGGCGGUGGGGGUGUUCUGGCCUGGCGAAAGGGACGGCUGAGUAGCGUACAGAGUCUUGGCGAUGGGUCCUCAGCAGCACCUGGUGGCGGUGGUAGUGGCGGGAAGCAUGAGAGUAGGGAUGUGAGUACGAUGCUGAUCGAGGCUCUUUCUCAGUUGCCGGCCAAGAACAAGGACUAUGCUAUUGUCUUUGCGGCCCCUCCUACUGUUGGUGUCUCGGUGCACAAGGGUGGAUCUGCUGCGGGUGCGGCAGCGAUGACGAUGGCUUUGUUGCCUGCGUUGGCUUCUUCGCCGCUGGGUAUUGUCAAGAGGACUAUCAUGUCAACGCCACCUCCUCCGCUUGCUCUGGGAUCGUCGCCGACGACCUCAAAUGUUUCUACACCUACGUAUGGCAUAGAUCGCAGACGUCACAAUCAUAGUAGCGCCAGCAGUGUUGUGGGAGGACACAAUAAGCGGCUGUCGAUCCAGAGUCAUCAUUCUCGAUUCUCGACUGGCAGCAGCUGGGACGACACUGCAGGAACGAUCUUGUUCCCGGAGGAUAUGGCGGACUUGUCCAAUGGCCUAUCAUCACCAUUAUCAACAACAGCAGCAGCAACAGCAGCAGCAACAGCGGCGGGAGAAUUGGCGGCAACACGGCGAAGGGUUGGUGGAUCGAGUAGUCAGCAGCAGCAGCCGACAGAAUACCGGGUGAGGCUACAGCAGGGGACCAAGAAUGGGAUGGAGGAUCUUGUGUGGGCCGUGGCGCAGAUCAAGGAUCGGCGGUUUCGGAUUCUGGAGGCAGCUGAUUUCAUGGAGGAGGUAUUGGAGAGGUUUUAUGAUGGGGACGAUUACUUUGCGUAG